AUGGAAGUCGAAGCGCAGCCGAUUGAAAACCCAAUUGUGGAGGUGAAAGUGUCGUAUGUGCCUAGUGAAGUGCCCAAUAAAGUUGUUGCGGAGUUUCUUGGUAAUCAUGGGAAAGUGGAGACGAUAACACGCGAAAUGACGAUGGAGCAUGGUUUCCCCACGAUUGAAACGGGAACAAAAGUCGCCAAGAUGAUUGACAUUAAAACCGAUUUCCCACGAAAGUCAAGAAUUGGACACUUUCUGGUGGAAAUAAACAUAAAGGUCAACUCCCUCAAUGUUUUCGUUGCCGUUUAUUAGGCCAUCUUGCGAAUGAUUGUCCGAAUAAUGUAGUUUGUUCUAAGUGUGGUUUGUCUGGACAUACUCGUGAUACGUGUUUCAAAUGUUUUCGCUGUGGUCACGUCCGAGAGAACUUCCCUAAGUUGCAGCCCCACGCGUGCCACCCUCUUCUGCUGAUGGUAAUUCCACCGCCCGUGUCGCUGGCAUGGUGGCACCAGUAACCGUGGAAUUGAUGGAAACAGAUCGCCGUAACGUGAAUUUAGUAUCGGUAGUAUCCCCGAAUGUGGAUGGCAUGAGAGAUCCUAAACGUCGUAGUUUAAUGUUUGAUUAUCUAAAUCGUUAUGACUAUGAUGUUGCAUUCUUGCAAGACACCAGGAUACUGAACAACCGGAUAUGCAUGCAGUGGAAUGCUGAAUGACAAUGUCCAGGAUUUUGGAGUGUUGGAACUGUUCAUAGUCACCCGUUGGUAUCUUAAUCCGUGAUCCUGCGAAAUUAGAUGUUGACUUUGACGGUAGAGUGUGUGUUUGCGAUUAGACUUUUAAUGGAACACCUUUGCAGAUUGUCAAUAUUUAUGCUCCUACCGUUGGUACAGAUCGGUUGAAUUUCUUGUCGCAGUUGGACAAAUAUUUGUUAACCCGCCGUAAAGUAAUUAUGGGCGGGGACUUUAAUUUGGUUUUAGAUAUAGAUAUGGACCGUUUCGGUGGAAGUCCUCGCGCGAGUAUUAGUAGCCCAGAACUGAAGCGGUUGUUAUCAAAAUAUCAUUUGAUUGAUAUCUGGAGACAUCAACAUUCAUCAUUGAAACGCGACCGUUCUAUAAUGUCGCGGUUGGAUAAAUUUUACAUUUCUGUGGAUUUGGUGGAUGAUAGUAAGAUGAUAACUGGGAUUCAACCAUGUCACUUAUCUGAUCAUGAUUUGGUUUCCUUUCAUAUUUUUGAUACGCAUCACGUUCUUACUUGGGGCCGGGGUGUUUAAAAAUGAACACUUCUCUCCUCAAGCAUGAAAAACUGCGAACUGAGAUUAUAUCUUCCUGGUCAGACUGGACUGAGGCGAAGAUAUUAUUUAGUGAUGUCGGGGAGUGGUGGGAUGAAGGCAAAGCUGAAAUUAAACAUAUUAUUAUUGAGUAUAGCAAGGCUGUCAGGCAGCAAAUAAAUGAACAACGAGUCCAUCUUAUGAACAAGUUCCAUCGUCUAUCGGAGAAAACAAUUUUGUCACCCCAUGAAUUAGAACAGUUGCAGCGUGUUCGGUUCGAUUUACAGUAUGUGAACUUGCUUCUCAGAGAUUGGAAGGGGCAAAAAUUCGGAGUCGUGUUAAAAUCAUCAGGAACAAUAAGAAGCAUUCACACUUCUUUUUCCAACGUGAACGGUACAAUGCACCUAAGAAACUGGUUAAUGCUUUGAAAACAGUCAAUGGUCGUGUCACGGAUUCCGACGGGAUAAUGAAAGAACUGGUGCGGUUUUAUAAAAACUUAUAUACUGCCCAAUUGGUUAGCGCUCGUGCGCAGGAGGAGGUGCUCCUUUCCAUUGAUCGUAAGCUGUCCGAAGAAGAGAAGUUAACCCUUGAGGCGUUCCAUUCGGAGGAGGAAUGUUUAGCUGCCCUUUAUCCAAUGCCGGCACUUCGAACACCGGAAUCUGAUGGUCUCCCGAAAGAGUUUUACGUUUGUUUUGGGGAAUACUGA